CAUCACUUUUAAUUAUCUGUGAAUAAUGCCUGUGCAGCUGAUAAAAUAGAAUGGCUCUUGUGUUGUGAUUUGUGAGAUUAUCUAUCGAAUAAAUCAAAAUUUUUCAGUCAUCAAGACUUGUUUUUAUGUGAAAUGUUAAAAACAUUUAACGUUCCAUAUGUGUAUGGAAAUGAAUUUACAAACUUUAUUUCAGGAUUUUAAUCCUAGCAAAUUCGUGGUUCACAGCUGUUUGCUAAUAUUUACUGCAUUGUUAGCUUUAAAGUUAGAUAAUUCGAUAACAUGGUCGUACUGGGCAGUGUUUACUCCAAUAUGGGUGUGGAAAUUUCUUGUGGUUCUUGGUGCUACAGUUGGCACAUAUGUUUGGUGGCAAUACCCUCACUUCAGGUUGGAGGGUGAAGCAUACAUUCAUUACAAAGCUAUGCUGAUAAGUCUUGCCAUUCACUUAAUACUGCUUAUGUUUGAGCUGCUGGUAUGCGACCAGUUGACCACCAGUCGCCAUGUGUGGAUACUGGUGUUUAUACCACUUAUCUUUAUAAGCAUAGUUUCCAUUGCCAUCUGUAUAUGGUCUGUGAAACAUGAUCGCAGCUAUGAGUUGGAACUAUUUUGUGCUGUAAAUAUACUCCAGUUCAUAUUCCUGGCACUGAAGCUGGAUGAGUUUAUCAGUUGGUCGUGGGAGGUUGUGUUUGUACCGCUGUGGAUACUGAUGUGCCUCAGUCUUGUAGGGGUCCUAUACAGUAUAAUAUUCGCUGGGAUCCUACUCCGGACUCCAGAGGUGAACAUACAACAGCGGCGUACUAGCUUUAACUCAGCUCUAGCGUACACGUUCACAGUCAUACCUAUAUUGGUGUUUCAGGUGCUAUUAACAAACAAGUUGGACGAUGGCCUGCCGCUCACGUACACGGUGGUGGUCAGCCCGCUGUUCGUCAGCUACGCCACGCUCAUCAUCAUGUCGUUCAGCUCCAAAGGAGGCAAUAAAUGGUGGUUCGGUAUCAGGAAAGACUUCUGUCAGUUCCUUCUCUCAGUAUUCCCGCUACUACAAGAGUAUGCGAACAUUGCGUACAAUAACAACGUGAACCGCGGCGCCAACGUGGUGCCCAGCGAGCCCCCCGAACCUUACCGCGACGACGAAACACAGAAGAAAGUAAAAGAAAGCAAAAAAUCGCAGAAGAAUCAAAAGAAAAACGAAAUAAUGAAGCCAGUAGUGCCUAUUACGAGUAUAGACAUGCCGGAUUGAUGUUUAUAUAGCUUGGUAAGUGCUGAAAUGUGUGUUCACUCGUUAGACGAUAUCUUCUGUAUUGAUCGGGCUUCGAAAUAUUACUAUGGAGCAAUAUUAAACAUUUGUUAAGUUUGAUAUUAGGGCUAAGCUACACGUUCCGUGUUUAGGUUAACUUAGUAAAAGGAUAUUACAUUGUGUACAUUUUUUAUUGUUAUUUCUAUGUAGGCUAAUUCAUUGAUGUUUAUUUUAGUACAGUUUGUUUGUUGCCAUGGCAACCGGCCUUAUUAAGUUUUAUGUCGUUCAUAUCCCACGAGUUUUUUGUUCACACCAAAUAGUAAUUGUUCUUGCUUAUUAAAUUAAGGUUCUUAAUAGACAAUACCAUAUUAUAUCAAUGAAUUAUUUUGGUAUAGUGAAAUAUUUUGGCAUGUUUAUAUUGAAAGUGAUAAAAUUUUAAAGUAUUUUGUAGGAGUACCUGUGAAUGAAUUAAUCUCUUAUUUAAUGAAGUGGCUUUAGUAUUAACCUGACAGGUAAUGGUGAUAAUUGUUAGUCAUAUCAAAAUAAGCAAUCUUGCUGUGUAGGUAGUAGUUUGGUUGGUCAUCGUCACAUGCUACUAACCAAGAACUAAAAUCAAUUCAUUCUUUGCCAUUAUUUUUAGACGCUAAAAUUUAAAUGUCUCAACAUGGACGUAAGAGAGGCGGCUUAUUUAUUUUCAAAUCAUGUGCUUAGUGAAAUUUUUGUAGGUUAAAAAUUGUAUUGAAUUGGGCAAAAUAUGACGGAACAUUUUCGGGUUUGCUUUGCUCUUGUUGUGUAUAAAUCAUUAAAUGAAGAUUGAUUGUAAAACUCGACUAGUUUGUGAGAAAAAGUUAUAAAAAAAAAAAUAUUUGUCUUCGAAACAAAAUGAUCGAUUUUAUCUGUGGGUACGGCCCAUUAGCGUAUUUUUCAGUAGCUAAUUCUUAAUAGAAAAUGUUAAAAAAGUGUUCCAUUUUUGAAAUCGUAAUUAAUGCUGUUGCAUGGUAAUUGGUAUCUUCUACACAUGAAUAUUAGGCCCGUGCAUAAAGGCUAUAUAGCUCAUUAACCUGCUCCAAUUUAUUCAAUGGAUUUUGCACUUUAUAAAUAAACUAUAAGGUUGAAAGUAAUUUGACAGUGUGUAGGUUGAUCUGUUGAUAUCUGUACAAUAUGUAACUGCAUUACAUAAUAGAAUGUUUCAGAAUUUUUAAUAGAAAAAAUAGCUUAUCUCGAAUGACAAUUUUCUGGAGUGUGUCUAUGUCUUACAACUUAUACAAAUUCUGCAAACUUAGCUCAAUUUAAACAGAUUUAAAGUAUUUUCUUAGCUCACAAUUGUAUGUCAGUGUGACUUAAUAUAUUGUGUAUAACUGUCAAUAUAGACUUGUGUCGAAACAUAAUAAUAUUGUAGUAUUGAUUUCUUGUUGAUACAUGUUAGUGUCAGUAGAAUUUUAAUACGUAUUCAGAUGUGACGUUAUUAUUGUCCCUUUAUUGUUCUAAGAACGACAAUCGUAGAGUCUUGACAUUUUAAUUGAGACUGAGGUGUAAAAACUCUUUGUAAGUAGUCUCGAUGUCUUAAAAGUUCUCUAUGAAAAGUAGGCGAUACAAAACGUAGAUGAAGGCGAUCUCCUGCAAAGAAAAAUGAGCCUUAAACGCUUGUAAAGUGUAUGUAUUAUUAAAACAUUUUCGUAAUGCAAGCGCAUGCAAUAUUGUUUUCUUUAAUGAAAAGUGUACAAAGUAAUGUAGUUAAUUUUACAACACUAUUAUUCUAAUGUUGAUGUUUUAACAGUAGAUGGACAGGGUUGCUUUUGCGUGCUAUGCGGUUAAAAUCUUGUCAGACAUGUUUAAAAUUUCAGAUAAGAUACAAACAAAAAAAAAAUAGGAAAUAUGUAAACAAAAUUAGUAUAUUUUGGGAGUUCAUAAUAGUGAAACUAGGGCAAGUAUAAUAGGUGUGGUUAUAUAAUUAGACAAUGUUCAGGAACUAAAUUACUCAUGGGAGUGACAACAUGACAACUUUUAGAAUUUACUACUCACGCAUGUGAACGAUACUGGAGUGUGCGUUACGUGAGAAGAAGCCAUUGAUGUCACACGAAAAAUGCCAUAAUGUACCUUUCUAGUGGCAAUAGUGACACCAAACUCCACGCACGCAAAACUCUAUGAUUUAUUGCCGCGCUUUUAUUUAUUCAAAAUUAGAAUGGCUUGCGUGACACGUUGUAACCGAAGAAAAAAGCAUUUUAGAGUUAAAUCAAUAUCGAUACGAAGUUGUGGUAAAAUCGAUUAUCUAGUUUGCUUUCGAUUUAUUACAUGCAAAAGUUUUUAAUAGCCUUUUGGCAUGAGGUAUCGUGUUUUUAUUUACUAAAACUAUUACAGUAUUCUUAACUUAGGAUUUAUGUCCCACAAAAAGUUCCCCGUUUAGUGGAAGCGUUGUUGGUCAAAGUACUGAACUUUUUUUUUAUAAAUUUAUGGUUUAUUUUGACCUAGAUACAAAGUUGUAAGGGUCGACUUGUUCACUGGGUAUGUUUAGGAUUUGUUGUUCAUUUGAUAUUUUCAAAUGUUAUGUGUACUAAGUAACUAAUGUGUCUACUAAAAUUAUUAUUGUACAUAUACCUAUGUCAAAACAUCAUAGGAAAAUUUAUUGCGCCACGAAUUGCCUUUAAAAAUUAUAUGCCAUCUAUGUUUUUAACACAAUAUUUUCGCCUAUUUAGUUAAGCCGAACAAGAAAUUAAGAAAUUAGCAUAAUAUAACCUUUGCAUGUCUGACAAGAGUUACAAGAAUUACGUGAACAGUGUACUCGCUUGAAAUUUGGUAAAGAAAGGAAAUUAGCCAUUUGCUAAGAUAUAAAAAUGUCUGUCUUGCCGCGUCUAUAAAAAUGUAGUACCUAUUUUGUAAUACAUACGUUGUUAGAGUUACAUAAAACGUUUAAAUAUUCAAUCUUAAUCUGUACAGGGCUAUUCUAUAAAUUAUGUUACUGUGAUAUUCUCUUCCUAUGAUGUCGCAAUACGCAAUAUCGUUCGAACAAUUACCUGAAUAUUUUGUUAAUAAAUAAUGUUUGUUUAUAUUGUUUCGCAAUUAUUAAAAAUACUUAUCAACUGUA